UCACAGUUGGCAUUGAGUGUGUUUGUGAGCAGUUUUUUUAAACAAGCUCUAUUACAGCUAGUAAAACGAUCUAAUCAGCACAGAAACAACGGUGAAAAUGGAGAAUCUACUAGAGGAAAAUGCGCUGUGUGUACAAAAUGACAAACAAGAUUUUCUUGUAUCAGCUACCGUGUACAAAGCGCGCCAUUUACAAGAGUUUAACUGUGACACAUUCGUGAUGGUAUCCUGCAACGGAAAAUACAAACGCACAAGAAUUGCUUAUCGUACCGAUAAUCCUUACUUUAACGAGUAUUUCAGCUUUACAUUGCAUUGUUCUGAGCGAAAACUUCGACGAAAGGGUAUUACGUUUUACUUAUAUCGUCCGUCCGUUUGUACCAGCAUGAAUUCGUGCAUUGGAGAGUUUCACGUGGAUCUAAACACAGUAUGGGAAGAGAAAAAUCAUGGAUUUUUCAAAAAGUGGGCCACAUUUGAACCGAUGGGAAGAGCAUUUUCGAACGAGCUGCACUGUGGUUAUCUCUUGAUAGAUUUAUCGAUUGCGUCUGCUAUUGGAACGCCAUCACCCAUAGUACUGGAUUACAAGGAGGACUAUGACAUAAUCGAAAGGAAUAGACUUCUUCCCACAUCGGCUGCAAAUGAGGAGAUACAAAGGGUUCGAUACUGUUGCAACAUCUUUCGUGGAGAGUUUGUCAAUAGCGCUGAGUAUGCCGUGCGAGUAUCUUAUGGAGGAUCCAAGGUAAAAACCAAUACUUAAUUGAGGAUUUUCCUUCAAAUAAAUUCGAUUUAAAUGUACUGCUGUCCCAAAAAGGUACGGACCAAAACCAGCUCUUAUAGUAGAAGCUAUCGGUGGAAUGAAAAGUUAAGCUUUGUUGGAACAUAUCCAUCACCAAAUCAAAUAUUGGAAAUAGAUCUAAUUACGGCCAAUUGUUGCUACAACUUUGUCAAAUCUAUGAAAGAUUUUCAUAUCGCAUGCUUAUCUCAACGAACUAACGAUUUGUCUAACUUACCUACAUUCGGACCAGCUUGGAUACAUUUUUACGCCGGUGCUCAAGAUUCGCAGUACGUCGGAAAAUUGUUAAUGUCGAUCAGUACCGACAUUUUAUCCAUUCAAUCAGUACCGGCUCAUAAAACGCAAAAUAUUCGAAUCUACGAACCACUCGAGGAAACAAACUACUGGGAAGAACAGGUGUUUAUAAUUCGAUUCAACAUUUUAAAACUGCAGUUAUUUGGUCAGUUAUCCACGCAUCAAAUAUUGAUAUAUCUUAGCUGUGGUGAUAUUUUCUCGAAACCCAUCAUUUUGAAAAUGGGCAAUUCAACAUCUUGCCAGAGUUUUCAGAUGGUACCUUUGGAUUCUACUGAGACAAUUUUUACCAUCAAGGUGCAGUUGCCAGAUUUUAGACAUAAGUAUUUUAUUCAAGAAGCGCUUAUGAAGUUAAGUGACAGAGUUGUUCGUUUGACGGACUUGCUCAAAGGUGCUGUAAGCAAUUUCGAACCAAAACAAAAUGUUUUCCACGAGCGAGAACUUUUCGUUCGUUUGCUAACAAUACUAGAACAGGAUUUUACGAUGGCUUACGAGAAGAUAGUAGAAUCUAUGUACAAACAACAUACAAAAUUAGAUCAACUACGAAAGAGUUAUAUUUUACAGCAA